AUGGAUCUAAGUGACAAACAGAUUCAGAUCCUCGAGAGUGUUUUCAUGGAGUGCCCCAACCCCGAUGAGGCCCAGCGCGCUCAUCUCGGUCAUGAGCUUCGCGUGGAGCCCCAGCAUAUCAAACUCUGGUUCAAGAACCGCCGUGCCCAGAUGAGGAGGGCUAGGCACGAGCAGGUGGACAACCACUUAUCUGACUCGGAGAAUGAUGAGAUCGACUCGGAGAAUGACGAGAUCCACUAA